CCCCCGCGCCCGCCUGUCCUUCACUGCGCCCAAGAUGGCGACGGCCACCCGGCUCGUCCAGCGCUUCCGAAACUUCUUGGCGGGGCGGGACCUGCAGGCCAAGCUGCCGCUGCGCUACACGGAGAUCUCGCAGAGGAGCCAGCCGCCGCCUCGGCUCCCGGUGGGCCCCAGCCACAAGCUCGCCGGUAACUAUUACUGCAGCCGGGACGGUCGCCGAGAGUCUCUGCCGCCCGUCGUGGUCGUGAUGGCACAGAAAACCCUCCCUGCGGGGGCUCGGGCUGGCAGUUCAGGCUCUGCAGUGACAACAGCUGAGAAAAAGCCAGUGACGCCAGGACCAGUACUGAAGAAGUGGGAAAUUUCAAAAGACCAGCCUUAUUUGUGAGAAGUAAAUGUGAUGAGGCCGAUGUACAGGUCACAGCUUGUUACAGGGCAGCACUGUAACAGAGAACCCCAUGGUGGAUUUUGCUACAGCGAUGCUGCACAGAACUUGUCCUAGUGCUGCUGAUGCAUGCCUAAUAAUGUAUUUAAAGCUGUGAUUACCACCACCACCA